UCAACUCGAACAACACAUCCACCAAGACACCCGCCUACCUGAAAUGGCCGCUGCUGCAACGCUCUCGCUCUCUCUAUCUUUUGAUCCCCAACAAAAUCACCACCAGCAUAAAACAACACUAUCUUUAUGUACUCUUUCACCUUUCAUAUUCCCCACUAAACACUCUCUUUUCUCCAUUAACAAAUCCUAUCAUUACCCUUACAGAUCUUUCCUCUCUCCCACACUCUGUUCCUCUUCUUCAAGAACUACCUCCACCACCGCCACUACCUCUUCAUUGCUUGAAGAUUCUUUUCGAGCCGGAAGGUUUUUUACCAAUGAAGAGAUUGAAAAGCUCAAGAACCUCGAAAAUUUUGUACAUUUUCAGGAAUUAAAGUCUGGGUUUUUAUGGGUUCGUGUGAUGAGGCCUGAAGAGAUGGACUGUACUGUGGUUCUGUUAGCUGAGUCGUUUUCCGAGUCAAUGCUGCUUCCUUCGGGGUAUGAAAAGUUGCUGAGGUUCUUGGUGAAGCAGUAUUUGAUUGAGAGAAGAGCUGUGAUUCCUCAUGCUGUUACACUUAUUGGAUUUUAUAGAGGGAAUGAAGAGAGCGAGAGUGGUAAAGAAGUCCACUUGGCUGGUACCGUGGAGGUUUGUUUUGAUGAAAGGGGUGCCAAUGCUUCGCCUCCUACGCCUGCCGCUCCCAAAAACUCACCUUACAUUUGUAACAUGACUGUCAAAAAGUCGCUUCGAAGGAGGGGCAUUGGUUGGCAUCUCCUGAAGGCGAGUGAAGAACUAAUAUCUCACAUGAGUUCCUUAAAAGAGGUGUAUUUGCACUGCAGAAUGAUUGAUGCAGCCCCAUUUAACAUGUAUAGAAAAGCAGGAUAUAACAUCGUUAAAACAGACAGUAUCUUAAUAUUGUUGAUGCUGCAGAGACGCAAGCACCUGAUGUGCAAGAAACUUCCUAUUGUUGACAGUCCCUCAGAAUCAGAUAUGUCAGGCACUGAUGAGGAACUUUGUUCAUAAUUGGAUGUGUGGAAAUUGCAGUAUGAUUCUCUGAGGUAUAUGCAGUUUAUGUAAUAUGUUUCUCUUCACCAGUAAAAGUCAUACUCUGCGGCAAGUGUUCUAGUUCUCCCUCUUUCACAGACACCAGACAGAGGCAGAUGUGUGUGUAAAUCCCAUUUAUACGUUAUCCAAAUUGUUGGGAUUCCACAGGUCCUGCAUAUAGGCCAAAUCAAUCAGGUUGUGAUGAUCUUUGACUUGGUUGGUUUCUGGUGAGAAAAUCAAUCAGAGUCCUGACUGGCCUUGUUUGUAUGAUCAUAUUUAUGGUAAAAACCUGUUUUGCUACAGGUAAUUGCACAAACUUCUGGGUUAUGCCUUUUGUCUUCUGUAGUUUUGCUACUUGAAAUUCAUGUUGUAUAUUUUGUGUCAGAAUUCUGAAAAUAAGAACCAAUAAUUUAUUGAUCUUCUAAAGUUGGUGAUCAGUUGUAUUAUAGCUUUAUUUUGUACAGAAUACAUAUCCCAUGUGUUUGAACAGUGUAUAAUUCAUAGAACCAGCUGUUGUUAGCUAAACAAGAUGAUGAUAAUAGAUCUCAACGAGAUUCACAAGAAAA